AACACCUUCUCUGUACACCUUGACACGCAUGACACCACAAUAGCAGCUCGCCCAUGUACAGUGGUUAUGUGAAAUUCACUUUACCCGAAAUUCGCUUUCUCAAGGCUGAGACGCCAGACAAGCACUCACCGAGUCGCUUUUACCACCCACACGUCUGCAAUAUUUACCGUUGGCGGUUCCAAUGUUUCCAUCAAACAGAACUGACAUGGCAUUCAUGCCGGCCAGUUUCUCCCUUCAGACUGAUCCGUCCACGGUCACCUCUGUUGUAUACCUUAUUCGACACCAUGAUGGGACCCACUUGCAAACCACGGUUCCAUCCCUCCAUUUCCCACAGUUAUGUGACUUCGAAUCAUGCGAUACUAAUAAAACGAAGACAUUGUCCCUUUGAAUUGAUCUCUCAUCUGACACCCCAACAGUCUGUUACUUCUUGUAUCGUAAUAAAGCUGGUUGAACUGUUCAGAGGACUGAAAAUGGUCGAGGUCGAUUCCCACUCAUCCCACACCACUCUCCGUGCAUUGGAAUCACCACCCUCGACCUUACCAACGGAUAACGCGCCAUCGGCAGCUUCCAAAGACUUCUCAAGCCGGACCAUCUCCUCAACCCAGUCUGAAGAGUUGACUUCUCCAUCGACUACAAAUCUGCACCUCCCUAAUGAGCUCAUCAUCCAAAUCCUCCAUCACGCCCUCCAUCUCCGCGGCUCAUCUGUGCCACCACUACCCGUGACCGCCGAUCGAUUUCAGAGCCAUGUAUCCCGCAACGGUCGCUUGGCUAGGUAUCUGGUUAUAUCCAAGUCACUCUAUCCCCUCAUUCUAGAGGCUUUCUACCGCGAGAACGAGUUUCGAUGCGCCCCAAGCGGGAAAAGGCUGUAUGGGUACAAGGAAUGUAGACCAAGGGAAAGUCCUAUCUUUCUGCCCCCGCCACAUGCCAGACGCCAUAUUCGACGACUGGAGUUCAUUAUCUCUUUAGACUUCUUUCGUCACGAUUUUACUUCUGCAAACCAGUGGCACACACUCGUCGGGCUUUGCUCUGGAAGGACCGGAUUUACCGGAGUCGAAUUCUUGCGCUUGGUGGUAAAAGAAGCUCCGGGAAUACACCGUAAUGACAAAAUUAAGCUGAAUCGACUAAGGACUGAGAAAUUUGCGAUAAGAGCGGAGAAAGAGGUGGUCAUGGAAGGUUGGAGAGAGGCACAGCCAUUUAUCAAGGUGAAAGCUGAGGUCGUGAAAUGGGAAUAACAGUACGUCAUUGACCGAAGUUAGGAGGUUCGUGAUACAGCAGAGGUGGUUUGAGUUAGAGGAUGUAGAAUUAGUGGCUAGAGAAGUGGUACAUGUAAUGAAGGGGCCGCGCAAACCAUGGGACUAGAGGUCUCCCUUAUAUUAUUAGCAAUCAUACGGAAAUUUACAACCAUACGUAGCAUUGGA